GGCCGCCGCCGGCGGCGCAGGCGCGCUGCCCGCCCGCGCGCCAGCCGUUGCCGCCUCGUCGGCGCGCGCGCGCUGCUGUGGCGGUUGCCGGAAGCGGCGCGGGAGGCGGAAGCGGCGGCGGGGAGCGCGCGCGGCGGCGUGUGCGUUGUGCCCAGUACCCUUUGGCUUGUUACAAAGACCAGCCAUGGAAAAGUGGAGCUUAAUGACAAUUACUGUUUUACUAGCACUUACUGUACGCUGGACUGUAUCACUUGGUUCUUACUCAGGUGCAGGAAAGCCACCUAUGUAUGGAGACUAUGAAGCUCAGAGGCACUGGCAAGAAGUUACUUACAAUUUACCCAUCAGGCAAUGGUACUUCAAUACAAGUGACAACAAUCUACUGUACUGGGGCCUUGAUUAUCCACCUCUUACUGCCUAUCACAGUUUUCUGUGUGCUUAUGUUGCAAAGUUAAUAAAUCCUGAUUGGAUUGCUCUCCACACGUCUCAGGGGUAUGAGAGUCAGACACAUAAGUUAUUUAUGCGUACAACAGUGUUUGUUGCUGAUUUGCUGGUUUAUAUUCCUGCAGUUAUUUUAUAUUGUUGUUGCUUAAAAGAAACUUCUACAAAAAAGAAGAUUUCCAGUGCUCUCUGUAUAUUGCUUUAUCCAGGCCUAAUUCUUAUUGACCAUGGACAUUUCCAAUACAACUCAGUGAGCCUUGGCUUUGCUUUGUGGGGUAUACUUUAUUUAUCUUACGACUGGGACCUUUUGGGUUCAAUGGCAUUUUGCUUGGCCUUAAAUUAUAAGCAAAUGGAACUCUACCAUUCUCUGCCCUUCUUUUGCUAUUUACUUGGAAAGUGCUUCAAGAAGGGACUGAAAGGAAAGGGAUUAAUAUUGUUAAUUAAACUAGCCGGGACAGUGGUGUUUUGCUUUGCUGUCUGCUGGCUCCCGUUCUGUACAGACGUGGAACAAAUCAUGCAAGUACUCAGAAGACUCUUUCCCAUUGAUCGAGGCUUGUUUGAGGAUAAAGUAGCCAAUAUUUGGUGCAGUCUAAGUGUCCUUAUAAAGAUAAAAAAUAUUGUAUCACCUCAAACUCAGCUCAAACUCAGUUGUGCUGUAACAUUUCUGAGCCUGCUUCCUACUUGUGUAAAACUGACCCUUGAGCCAUCUCUCAGAGGAUUUAAGUUUGCUUUGGUUAGUUGUGCGUUGUCAUUCUUCCUGUUCUCCUUUCAAGUACAUGAAAAAUCUAUUCUUCUAGUGUCAAUACCGGUCUGCUUAAUCAUAAAUGAAAUUCCUUUUAUGGCUACGUGGUUUUUACUUGUAUCAACCUUCAGCAUGUUGCCUCUGCUACUGAAAGAUGGCCUCCUGUUGGCCUAUACUGUGACAACCCUGGCGUUCCUAUCAGCUUGUGUGACUUCCUUUUCGAUAUUCGAAAAGACUUCAGCAGAGGACUUGCAGCUGAAAUCAUUUUCCCUUUCUCUUAAGGGAUAUGUCUCUUGGUUUAAGUCAUUUCCAAAGAUUGUCAAGAGGCUGUUUCUUCUUUCAGGAGCUGUGAUGGGCAUCCUGACCUUACUGAGUGCCACAAUGAAUCCCCCACAGAGGUUACCAGAUUUGUUCCCCCUAUCUGUGUCCAUUAUCUCUUGCUUACACUUUUUAUUCUUUUUGAUGUAUUUUAACAUUGUUAUACUGUGGGACUCAAAGAGUAGUAGAAGUCAGAAGAAGAUGAGUUAGUUAACUUGUGAAGAUCAAGGACUAAACUGUAAAAGGACAGAAUAUUUUCAGUGAAUUGUGUCUGGUGUUACAGAUAAACCUGUUUAAUGUAACACAAUUUGAGUGAUCUAAUGAGAAUCAGGAAACAUUAUGCACACUUCAACACAAAAUGAUUAAAGGCUGUUUUAAAGAUGAAGAAAUGUUAUUUGGUGAAUUUUCUUCAGAACUGUAAAACUUUUCUUAUCAUUUGCAAACCUAAAAUAUCUAAUGAAGGACCAUAUUUUGAACUUACAGUAAUACAGCCAGGGUACAUUAGCAAAACAGCAAAUUGUUUUGUUAGCAUUAAGUUUACACAUUUGCCAGCACAAAAGAUAUAAGCAGUUCAAAGUUGUGUAGGUUAAAUAGUGACUCUUGACUGUGAACUCUAAGUUGUCUUGCUGAAUUGUUUUAUGGCAUAAAUUGUCUUGUACAUGC